AUGUAUAGAGAGUCGAGGUACAGACAAUGUACCUCGACUCUCAUAGUUGGUGAAUUUAUUGAUAGAGUUCCAAAUAUGAUCAACCCAGAGCCAAUCGAAAAAUUUCAAGAUUUCGAGGUUUCAGUAAUCCCAAAGAUUGAUUCUUUGAGUGUUAUCACUGAACCAAUCGAAAAAAUUCAAGAUUUCGAGGUUCCAGUAAUCCCAAAGAUUGAAAAACCGGAGAAAAAAAGGCGAAAAAACAGAGUAUCAGAAGCUGUUAUGCCAGACGAGUUGAAGAAAAAGAUUGAAGAAUUAGGGGUUUCGAUAUCUAAAGUAUCGUUAGUGAUUGAGAAGCAACUAUAUAAAACUGAUUUAAGUGAAACACAUAUGCGUUUAUCGAUACCGGUGAAUCAAGUUGUUAAUUAUGAUGAAUUUUUGAAUGCACAAGAGAAGGGUAUUUUGGAUUCAAGAGAUAGUUGUAACAGAAUAUCAACGAUUAAGUUCAAUUUGAUUGAACCAUCACUUGAAAUAUGCAAUAUUAAUUUGACUAAGUGGCCAAUGAAGUCGAGUUAUAUAUAUGUUUUGUUGAAUGAUUGGAUGUCAGUGCACCAGAGAAAUGGACUCAAGGUUAAUAUGAUGGUGCAGUUAUGGUUUUUUCGUAAGGAUGAAGAUCCAUGGCUGGCACUUGUGGUUCCUCAUGAUUAA